AUGGAUCAACUAGAGCAAAACCAAGAUGCCCUACGUGAAGAGGUGUCCCAAGUGCGUGUGCAAAUGGGGCAAUUGAUGGAUAUUAUUCAAGCAGUCGCCCGAGGGAAAGAAAUCAUGGCCAAGAUCCAAAAAGAGAUGAACCAAAGAGCCCAUGCUAUUGCUGCCACUCCUGCUACCAUUCCUGUCACUAUAGAGAAUCUUGUGCCUCCAAAAGGCAACACUCCAGUCCAAAUCCUUAUAGGGGCACCCGACAGUGUUCCUCCACCAUUUAUUAACCCUCUAAUAAUUGAGAUCGAUGAUCAACAAGAUGCCUUCUUCAGCCCAAGGGUCGCUUCCGUAUACGACACUUUUGGACCAUCUGCUAACAAAGUAGAGAAGAAAGUCCGAGCUAUUGAGGAGAAGUUGAAAGCCAUGGAGGGCUCCAGUGCUAUAGGUUUUGAUGCUGCUGAAAUGUGUUUAGUCCCUAGCGUAGUUAUACCAUCCAAAUUCAAAGCCCCCGACUUUGAAAAAUACAAGGGAGCCAGUGAUCCAAGGACACGCGUUAAAGCUUACUUCCAAAAUAUGACCACUUACUCCGAUGACGAUAGAUUUCUUAUGCACUUCUUCCAAGACAAUUUAAGUGGAGCAUCGCUAGAUUGGUAUAUGCAAUUGGAAUGA